AUGCCUGCGACACCAGAUGCGUCCAAAGAUCAGCAAGCGACCGCUCCGAAAUGGAUUCCCAACAAGGACGAGCGGGACGACCUCAAUGCGAUCGAUGCCGCCAUCGGUCUUAUGCGAAAGAGCACCCCGACGGAUCCUUACGUCCUCACUAUUCCUCAGAACGUCGAACCACGAUAUCAUCACUACAACAGAGUCCAUGCUGAGGCAUAUGCCAACAACACCCCCUUCGAAAGGACGGAGCACGAGAACCUUCAAUACAUGACUUUCCACUUCCACGAGCAUGGCAAGGAUAUAUACGUCUUGAAGAACAGUCGGCCAGCUGGAGACGCCGCAGUCAACGGAAAUCCGAAGAGCAGGCCGGGCACUGGUACGAACACGCCUAGCGGUGGACCGAAGAAGACAAUCAGUUUCAGCGCAUAUAAGAACAAGCAGAAUGGCGUCGCGGCCACGGCAGGAAAGGGUGAGACGAGAGCGAGCGAUGCGCCAUCGAAGCAGGGCGCAGUGAAGGGACCAAUCGAGAGAGUGAAAGCAGAGUCGGAGGAGAUGCUGGCUGCUGUCGCUGAAUCUGAAGGUGCACCAGCCGCCAAAAGACAAGGCGAAGAAGCCGCCGGACAGCAGAAAGAUCUGAAGCGGAAGCGGGACGAGCAGCAGCAGGACAAAAGCCAGAAGAAAGGGUCUGAUAAGAGCUCUGAAAAGGACUCCAGACCUGCACAGUCGCAACCAAACGAAUCGGCUACGAAUGGCACAGAGCCGCCUGCGAAGAAGGCGAAAGUCGCCGCUGACAAGCCAACGAAGCAAGAAUGUGUCGCGAACGAGAAAGCUUCUCAGAGCAGCGAGAAGACUUUGGAAAAGGAGCAUUCACCAGAGAGCGGCAUGCCACCGCGUCUCUCCCCCGGAAUGCCUCCAAGACUUUCGCCGGGUAUGCCUGACAAAUUAUCGCCACUUCACAAGUCACAUCAAUCGAUGUCUGCGGACCAUGAAGAAAUGGAGACGCCAUCUCUACCUGUGCGGCUGUCGCCAACUCUGCCAGACAACAUCGCGAAGACUUUGGAAGCGCGAUCCCAGUUUAAGACGAGCCCACGGCUGUCGGCUUCGUCUGCACCUACAACCGUCUCCAAAGACAAGGAUGGCAAGCUCACACCAAUGAAGAAGCUCGAUGGUAUCACCAAACACAAGUCUCCCGUACCACGCAAUGGCUUUCGUGCGACUUCAAGUUCUCCGGCGGUGCGGUCUGAUGCAGAAGCCGGCCGAGCUGCAACGGCGGCGUCUCGCGCAAAGAGCCCAGAACAAGCGUUCGCAGGCGAGUCCAUCACUACAAAGGCGCCAUCUGGCCCCAAGCCUCAUUCGCAGGCCAAAGAGGCUUUGAUGGUGAAGCUCAAAUUCAAGAAGUCGAAGAAGCUCGAUCUGAGACGUAUGCUGGCCACCCGUCCCGUGCCUGACCGGACCUGGUCAGAUCAGGCUAACACGGAGCGAUCAGUAGAGGAGCCACGAGUGCCGGCGAAGACCGCGGAGAAGCGCAACGGCGAGCGCCAGGACGCAGCUCCUAUCAAGGGCGUUGCGCAGAAAGUCGGCGCUGGCAGAGCAAAGAAGCAGCAACCAAAGCAAGACGAUGCGCCACUAGCGGCACAAAAGCGAGCUGCGCCGCAGGAAGAGGAUGCCGAAUCUCCACCUGCAAAACGCAAGAAGACGGAGACUUCAGAGGCACGUCAAGCACCAUCGACUCCUGCGCCGCGCGAGCUUGACUCGCCGCUUGCGCAGAAGUCCACUCUGCAGGCUACCCCGGUUGCACGCAAGGAUGUUCUUUCGGCAGCCAUGAAGCGCGAGCAAUCUCAGGACAGCAAUGCGACCCAUGGUACACCCCCAGCAGUGUCGAGCACUCCAACUGUGAAUGGCAGCUCCGCGCCCCCAAAUGGAAUACCUAGAGGGCCUUCCAGCCAGCCAAGCAACAAGACGCCCAGACAGCAGGCCUGGGAGGCGGAGCAGAAGCGUCUGGAAGGCUUGGGCCGAGAACUAAAGCACGCAGCGACUGCUCACUUGAACGCCGGCAAUGAGCAGAAGCUUGCAGCGAUCAAAUGUCUGGAAUCGUUCCUGUGCUACCUUCUGGCUUUCACCUGCGCCGAUGAAGCCGCGAUAGCGGCUGAUCCUAAGCAGACUCCCGCCAACAAGACUUGGCGUAGCUUGCAAGGCUUCUACGGUUUUGUUAAGCGCAACACCGAAGCCUACGCGCCACUUUGUGGACUGGCAUGCUCGCUCGGUAUGGUCUUCAACGCUCACGUGCUCGCUCUUCUGACGCAGUUCCCUGGUGAGGGAGCCAGCAACCAGAGCCUCUUGGAGACGCAAGCACACAUGCAACGUGCUGCUGGCGAGGCCGAUACGAAGCUCGACAUUGAUAUCCUGCAGGAGACUUUCCCAAAGGCCUGGAGCGGCCGCACGAAAGCCCUUCAACCGAAAGAGAAAGUGCUAGAGCCGGGCAAAUUUUCCGGCCCGUACAAAUUUCCGCUCCAGGUCACGACUUCACCUAUCCGUGCCGCGAGGGCAGGCUAUGCGAUUCUUCAGGAAUGGAUUGCAAAGGAGAAGAUUGACUAUACUCCGAAGCUCAAGCUUUGA